AUGGCAGCUUUAUUCUCCAACUUAUUCUUGAGCUCACCAUCUCCCACCCCAAUUGCAAUCGAAGACUCCGACUUUGCCGAUUUCGCAGAAGUGCUUGAACCGACUCGGGCUCCAAUUUUGGCUUCAGACCAAAAACAUCUAGAAUCUAGUAGCCAACUGACUGAUACACAGUCUAUUCCUUACACAAAAUGGUACAACGUGCACGAACGACAUUCUCUCGGAGAAUUUAAACAGGAAGCAGUUAUUAUAAUUUUACUUCUUUUCAUAGUCUUAAUACAUCUUUUCGGAACUAAAAUAAACCGAAAGAAGGCCAAGAAAUUAAUAGGAGAAUUUGGGCCUAUUUUGCACAAAGAGUUUAGUCUGCUAGGCUUUGAGACCACACCCCCAACCGAACACGACGAAUGGCAGGCGGAAUCAGUUCAUGGAAUACUAAAAGAAAAAUCACCCUCGGAGUUCUCAACCUACGCUACAGGACGUCAGAACGUAGCUUUCAUCGAUAUCGAUUUGACCCUCCUGAAGCGUUACAGCCCUCUCACUCUUGUAGCUGAAGCUGCAAUGAGUGUAUUCUUUGAGGGUAUGAGUGCACCAAGCGAGCAUGUAGGGGUCACUUUAUAUCCGUUUGAUGGAAAGGAGCAUCUUCUCGUCCCUGGACAAAUACCUGGCUCUAAUGAGCUGCGUAAAGGUGGAAAAAGUACCUACGAUGGCUUUGUCUGGGCUGUUGUAAAUAAAGACAACAUCAAACAGCUCCGUGAUGAUCGUUACGAUAUUUCCCUCACGAGCACCAAAGAUAGUAAUAAGCUCCCAAAAUGGACUACCGUCAUGAGCGAGAGCGCAGAAAUAACUGAAGCUCUUUUGACUACGGAGCUGAUCCAUGCAAUUGAGCAAUCUGGUGACUUGUUUAAUCACUUGAUCAUUACAGAUCAACCGGUUGAACAGCCAUUAAAACUUGAAGAUACCACCCCUCGGAAACGCAUCAGCCUAAGUUUAAAAAUUCCAUCAUCAAACGACUAUUCUAGUGUUCUAAAUCUUCUCCAGUAUGUAUUGAAUUUGACCGACUUACUGGUACAACACGCGCACUUCCGGCCUGAAGUCCUUCGCAAAGUAAAAUCUGCACGUGAUGAUGCUAUCCGGAAGAUACAAAAAGCUGAUGAAGAGGAAAAGGCAGAGCAAAGAAAUCUUGAACGAGAGAAAGCUAAAAAGCAGAAAAGAAAUCUUGAGCUACAGGCAUUGGACUCCAAGGCGCAGAAAAAAUAUUUAGAAAGAGAAAAGGAAAAAGGACUGAGAAAAAAUCAGAAAAAAAUAACCUAA